ACCAGAUAACCGAGCUGUGACAUCAAGCACUAAAAGCAGCCAAUAGAAUGCCUCGCUAUUAUUAUCCGUGUGUUUGUCAUUGGAUUGGGCACUGUGGAUUUAAUAAGUCAAGCGUGUGUUUGUUAAACUAGUUGGUUUUCACGGAACUGUGACGGUUGUGUUGAAAAAGUGUUUUUGCUCCGCAAUUCAUUUCGUGGUCCAUUCUCAACCAAACUCAAGCUUGUACUAAAGGAUGUCCGGGGAUCUGAUGGGUUUGUCAAACGCCACAGAGUGUGUUCAGAUGCGUGAGAUCAGUGGACGUAGAAGCAUGAUGCAGCGACAGCAACAACAGCAACAGCAGCAGCAGGAGCAGCAACAGCAGCAGGCGCAGGGUCCUCUCAGCCCUGUGGGUGGCGUACAGAGACUUGGGAGCACCAUCUCCACUAGGUCUAUCAAAGCCAUUGAUGUCUGUGUCUUCCUCAAAGAUGGGACCGGCCAUGAGUUCUUCCUUGAGAAUGCCUUGGUGGAGACGGCCGGCGACAUCACCAAUCGGAUGAGAGAGUAUCUGGGAUUACCUGAGACGGCCAGUGAAGUGUUCUUCCUGUGGAUCACAUCUCCUCUGCUGCAACUACAACUCAAGAGCCAUCACAUCCCAUUUAAACUGUGUCGGAAAUGGCAUGAUCUGUUGGACAAGUUUACGACGGCCACAGAAGAACAGAAAGCAAAUGAUGAACCAAUGCUUUGCUACCAGAGAAAUGCCUUCUGUCCCAAGGCCAAAGAAACUCAGAUUACCGAUCAAAAGAUGUUGCGUCUUCUCUACGAAGAGGCAAAGCAUAAUGUUCUGGAGGGCAACUACCCUUGUGAGGCAGAGGACUUGGAGUAUCUUGCCGGUAUCAUGGCAUAUCUUGAAAAUGGAAAGUAUGAUCCCGAGCUACAUCCGACAGGAUUUCUCAAGACAGUCAAAUCCACGCCUGACCAUGCUUCAUCCUCCUCCAUCAGUUCUCAACCCAACCAGGUUCAGAAUCUUGAUUCAUUACAUAGAUACCUUCCAGCAUGCAUGUAUAAAGGAGGAUCAAGAUGGUUCAAAAAUAAUAAAGGGUUUGCAUUGUUGGAGCAGAAAGUAAUGACGCAAUGGGAUCAGAUCACAGGGAACGUUAAGAGUAAAAGAGAAUGCCACAAACUAUUCCUGGACUUCUGCUGGAAACUUCCAUUCUACGGGUGUGUGUUCUUCACGGGACAAAUCGAGAAAGCUUCUUCAGCUAUCAGCCUACGUGAUACUAGGGACAGACCAGUACAUAUCGGCAUCAAUAAGGAAGCAGUGUUUAUCAUAGACAUUGCCAAACAGGAUAUCAUUCUAGGCCUGACGUUUGAUGAGUUGUCGUGGGAAUACACAGAGCCGGCCAGGGACAGCGCUGACUGCUUGCCUUGCCUGUGGUUGGAGUUUGACUCCCAAGAAUGCGGGAAACGCUGCAGCAAAGUACUUCAGAUAUUCUCCAGACAGGCUGUGAUGAUGAAUGCGAUGAUUGAAGCCAGCGUCGAAGAACUCAACAAGCAAGACAUGGAAGGAAAGCAUCGAAAGAAGACUGUCAUGGAUGGUUUAUUAAGCAAUUCUGAGAAUCAGGAAAACGGAGUGGACAUGGUGGAUGCCUGCAUUUCAUUCACCAGAGUCGCUAUGGAGGCAUCAGCACCAGCAUUUGGAAUUCUUCCAGUGAAAGAACCAAAGACGGCCGUCUGUAAUAAGAUGGAUCGCUUGUGUCUUGCUACAUUCUCAGAAAAGGGUGACCUACUCAGUCGGGGAACCAAGGGAGCCAGACGGCCAUUUUCCCUGACCAAUUUCUUCCGCUCUUCGGACCACAGAUGAAACUUGCCAUCAGCUCUUCCAAUAUAAACAUUUUAUGCCUUUUAUUAAAAAAAAAAACACUACUCAGCAAAUAAAUGCCAAAAAAAUGUAAUAACUCUGUGUUGUUUGUUUGUACCAUUUGUAAAUUUUGUAAUUAUGGUCGUCACAAAAAAAACGAUAGGACUCUUUUGAGAAGACCGUCCCGUCUAGAUGUAUAAAAUGAAAAAUAUAUCCAUUCUCUUGUUUUAUAUGUAUUAGCAACUCUGCAUUGAGUGAUGCGUUUAGCUGUAGAUUUUGCAAAAUUGAAUCACAUAAGGGUGAAAAAAUGAAGAUUUUAUUGGUAUUAGUAUUGCAUCUUUUUUUUCCCAGACAGCAUUCAAAACAAUGGAAUGCUAAUUCUGUUUAGUUUUCUUUCAGCAAAAGUAGGAACUCCUCUUUUUAUUAAAACUACUAGUUUGGUUGCAGUUUGUUAAUAAGUCCCAGAGAUUUUUUAUAAAGAAUCUCUCUAAACCAGCAUUUUUUUUUUGAACUCACACAAUACUCCAUCAUGAUUACAGGCAUGCAACUGUUCCUCGGUUCCGCCGAUUUCCUCGUGUUUUACUUCUCAUGAAUGCCAUUACAAAUUGUAAAAUACUGCACAAAGUCUUGUGUGGUUUAGAGUUUGCGAUUUUUUUUCUCUAAAAUCCCAGUUGCAUGCCUGUGAUUAGAUUCCCCUGAAUUCAUUUGUGCACUAACCUUUCUAUCCAACACCAGCCUCAGAUUCAAAAGUCAGUUCACAUAGUUUGUAAUGGUGUGACUGGUAUAUCGACCAUGUGACAAAUUUGUAUCAGAACUGAUGCUGGCACUGAAAUUUCUGAUGGAAUUCAGAUUUUUCUUCAAUAACUCAUCAAUUUGCCCCUCUAUACAUAAACAUUGUACAUAACAUUUACAUGUAGAUUGCUCCGGACCACCUUUGAACCCAAAGGAGUCAUUUUGAGCAUGACUAUACAUGCCUCUUCAUAUCAGGGUAUUCUGAGUAUUUCUUGGAUAUUAAGGUAGAUAGCAAAGGAACACGUCUUGUGAUAAUAGUCAACUACGUCUAAGAAAAUUGCAUGUUAACAAAUUGCUGUUGUUUCCCAUGUUGCCUUAUACUUUUACAUUUCUGUAAUAUUUUCAAAAAAAAGAUACAAAUUGUAAUCUCUUACAUUAUUGACUUAAAAAUAUGCACUUUUGCAAUUAGCUUAAAGCAUGAAUUUAACUUUAUAACUGAGCAAUAACGUUUAUGCAUAAUUUAUUUUCAAGAGAGAUCACGUGAACGUGAAUUGGUGUCAUAUAUGUCAUAAAUGUUGAUUGUUUUCUGUCUGACUAAAAUUAUAAAUUUAAACCAGAUUAUGUCAUUGGAAACAAUGCACUUGCUUUUACUCAACUAUCAGUAAUGGCAGUUAGAAAAAAGUACACUCAGUGUUUUUGUCCAGUCUAUCGCGAGUCAUCCCGCCUCAAUUCAAAUCAGAAGCCAUUGUAAUGUACAGUGACAAGGCGUUCCUCUGCAAGAUUCGUUGCCAAUUGGUUCAAAAUUGUGAUGAUGUCUUCACAAGUCAAUCCAGUCUCAAAUCAUGUGAAAAAGUGUGGAUUGUACUUAAAUAUGUUAAAAAGACAAUCCUAUAUCCUUGUUUAACCACUGUUAUGUGUGGCCUGAGUUACGAUUUGUGGUUCGAGUUGUGAAUGUAGUAUGAAGAGUCAGUGUUGAUCAGAAGUCAAGAAGUGAUGAUCAAAAUCGCACUGUCAAAUCCCAAAUCAAUUUAUAGAUCACAAAUCUGUUUGAAAUCAGUAUGGGGGUCAGACACCGUUAACAUUAGACUCCCGUCAGUUUUGUCAAUGAGAUGUUUCAUGAAAAAAAAAUGUAUUUUAUGCAGAUUCACAUAUUUCAAUUUUUUUUCAAAUUUUAUUUUCUUUGUAUAGUGUGUAUUAAUGUUUCGGCUAAUGGGAUUUGGGUUGAUUUUGGAAGAAAGUUUAAUGCCGGAGCAUGUAUAGAAUCUCUAAGUGUUAAUAAUGACCAGCUUUCUGUUUUGAGCACUGCCAUAUACCUUAGAUUAACAUUGCCGUGUAAAGUUAGACAUUUUGUGCAAUUUUCUGGUACUUUUCUUUGCUUAAACAUUUUCCUAAUGAGGUCAGAUGCAGCUUUGAAAAAAAAAAUAUCAAUAUAUAUAGGAGUAGAUUUACAAAAAACUUCCUAACUUUUAGCAAAAAGUUGUCAAAUUUUGAUUGUGUUGUGUAUGUUGCUUCUUGAUUUCUCAACUACAAUGUACCAGUACUAAAGUCUCAAGAAAUCAUUAUCUGUAGUUGCAGAAUGUGAUUACUAUGUACGUGAUGUUACAGAAUGACUACUUUGUGAUUGAAUGUAAAUAUUUUCAAACUUGGGCAAAGGCAGAUCAAGUUGAACUUGAUCUGCCUGGAAAGAGUGAGCUUCAAUCAUGUUGCAAGAACGAUAAUAACAGAAGAGGUGGGAGGGCACUACAAGCCAUCUUACACCUGUUUUAGACUUUGGCGUAAGUCUUGCCAAAAUAAUAUAAUGAGCAAACUUAGGUCAGUCCAAAUAACUUUGGGUUGAACUCAGGCGGACCACGUUUAUGAAAUUCCAUUGACUGGAAUCUGGGGUCAUUCUGGACGACUGCAACAGUGAUGCUUUCCGUGGAUUUUGUUUUAAAUGUCAAGGUUUUUUAUGUACUCCAAAGCUUUGGAAUGAUUUGGUUUUGCAUGACACUGUCUGGAACAGUCUGUAACAGGUGUUAAGUUUUAUAAUUGAUUGAUUAUCAGUAUAGGGAAUGAUGUAUGCCUUUACGUUCCCCUAUCAGGGUCCAACGUACUUUGCCUGUAAUAACCAGUUCUGUGGGUGAACCGAUACAGUCGUAGAUGUAUGCAAUGUGGUCUAUUCAACAGUUAACAAAAUGCACUAUAACAGCUCAUCGUCGUUGAUCAUUUGUAUGUAUGCUAGUACUAAAAGGUACUUUGAAGUGUCAUAUAUGAAAUAUUCAUAAUUAACAUCAUAAUCAUCAGACAACUUUUGAAUUUAAGUAUGCAAAUAAUUUUGUACAGUCAACUGGAAUACUUUUCAAAUGUGGGAAAUAAACUAUAGAAAAAUAUUUCUAGAAAAGCAAACUGAA